AUGGACAGCGACGCUUGGCUAGUACAUGAUCUCGACGAUACACCGAUUGACCCAGCGCUACAAAGUGUCACAGUUCAGUACCUGGACCCCUUCGACUUUGCACUCGCUGGGGAAGCCACACUCGAAGACGAUUCGAUGAAUCUUCCGACCGAACACUUCCUCCUUCCGAUGAUGGAUCUUUCCACGGGCCAGUCCAUUCCAACACUCACGGAAGACGAACGACCUACAAUCGAUUCUACCGAGCCACUCAACGGACGCGGUUGCUUUUCACUCAUGCGCCAAGAGACAAUGCAAGAGCUGUCAGACUUGAAUAUGCAGCUGUCCCGACAAUUGGGGGCCGCAACCUCUACAGGGGCCGGGUCAACGAACAUCCACUCGGGUUUGGGUGUGACAGCUUUGGCUACACCACCAGAGGAGAAUCGUACUCUCUGCGAUACUGUCAUCUUUAUGACGCAAAGCCUUCAAACCUACCACAGGCUGCUCGUCGACAUCGUCGGAUCCAAUCACUCGGCUAUCUACGACUCACACGACAAUCCCAAGUCUAGCACUGUAACCAGUAGUUGGCUGAGCCCAAUCGAAGGAUUGGACGUUGAUGAGUCAAAAAGCUACAUGUCUGACACGACAGGCCGGUCGCCGCUGAAACGGCGUCGCACAGAUAGCAGUGUUGACUUCGCUGCCGGUUCAGAUGGCGAUGGAUGCGACAGCGAGACUCGCGGUAGUGUUAUCCCCCGGCACCUCCUCGAGCUCAUGUUGAAAAGUGAAGGAUGCGGAAAUGGCUCAGCAGAUAGAGCAGGGACCAAGGCGCUGAAGGAGGAGAUUCGCAGACUACAUGAGCUUGUGUACAAGCCAGUGUAA